AUUUGUGGUAAAUAAUUGAGUUUUUCGCUAUUAGCAAAGUGACUUUCUUAAAAUGUCAUUUUUAAGAGGGUGUUUAGUGUUUUUUCGGAUUUUUAUUUUAUUAAACGGUUUCAAAGCUGACAACCAAACAUACAUCUACGCAAAUUGAAACGUAUUUUGCUAGUGUGAAACUGGCUUCAUGUUCGGGUUUCUUCGGAAUUUCGAGGAGCUGGUUUGGGGAGCUGUCUUCACACAAAUCAAACCCAAGCAUGUCAACAACAAAGUGAAUUUAAACCAAAUAUAAACAAUACGAUAAUAUGGUUUCAACUCGAGGUAUCAAAUUAAAGUUCUGUGAAAACGAGCGCGUGUUGUGUUAUGAGCCUGACCCGACCAAAGCCAAAGUCUUGUACGACUCCAAAGUGUUGGACGUAGUAGUGGCCAAGGACCAACGUGGACGCAAAACCGUCGAGUACCUCAUUCAUUUUCAGGGCUGGAAUUCCUCAUGGGACAGAUACGUCAGUGAGGAGUACGUUUUGAAAGACACUCCCGAAAACAGGCAAUUGCAGAAAGACUUGGCCGAAAAAUCCCAACUGCAAUUGGGGGCGUAUUUGUACAGACGGGACCGGAAAAAGAGUCGCAAGACUAGCACAACAGCCCCCUCUUCUGAUGACUGCAGUUCCGGGAGCCCCACGAGGAUGGACACGGAUGAUGGGCAAGGCGUGACAAGCAGUUCUGAAGAUGAUUCUUCAAUUGAGGAAGAAACGGUGCCGAUUGAGCUAACGCCCGAAUUACGGGCGUGUCUCGAGCAGGACUAUUGUCUUAUCAAUACGAAAAAUAAAUUAGUUAAAUUACCGGCCGAACCAAAUGUUGUAACAAUUUUGGAAAAUUAUUGGAGGCAUUAUGCCAAUGGCCAGAUUAGUGAUUUGAACGAAAAGACCAGUCAGAGGCACAGGUAUCCGUUCAAUAACACGCAAAGGAGGCGGCCUGAAGAUGUACAAAGAAAUUUAAAUAUUUGUAGCGAGGUUCUGGACGGCAUCCGUCUGUAUUUUGAUUACACGGUCAAUGAUUUGUUGCUGUAUAAGUGUGAACAGGGGCAAAUUGAGACGAAGCAGGCUGUGUAUACUUCUAUCCAUUUGGACAAAGAAGUCUCGAGUUCAAAAAAUGAGGUUAGUUAUAUGGAUUACAUAACGUAUCCAAACAAUCAUGAUGAUUACCAAAAUGGCAAUAGGCAAGCCAUGCAAAGGAAGCGAAGUCUGAGAUCAAACAAAAGCACUGACGCUGUUUCCAAUGGUAAUAGUCAGGAUAGCGCUAAAGCAAAAGCUAGUUCAAGCGUUGAUAAUAACGACAGUUGUGGCUCACGCCCACUUUCGCUCCGCCUGUUACCUGAACAUGUGUACAAUCAACAACCCCCUCCCCCAUGUCUUGUGUACGGUGCCAUUCAUUUGACGCGACUUUUUGUCAAAUUGCCCGAAUUGUUGAACGCAGCCACCAUUGAUGAGAAAAAAUGGACAACUUUAUUGAACCACACGGACACUUUUAUUGAUUACUUAAACGAGCAUCGGGAGUGGUUUGGGGAAAAGUUCUACAUCGACAGGCAAUAAAACAAGGCGUUUUUAAUAGAAGAUGUAUUACCUACAAGUAAAUAUUUGGUAACAAAUAAAUAUGUCAUUAUUA